CAUAUCGGAAAACGGAACGAACAAAUCGAUAACAGAGCAGAGGAAAACGGGUUACACUCGAAACGUUGUGGAAAUCGGGAACGUCAUAUGAUCACUGGUGCAAAAGUUUGAGCUGCAAAAUGGCACGGAUAAUUUUCCUCCUAUUUUCGCUGUUUGUCGCAGCUAACUGUGAUCAGCUGUCGAUAGUUUAUGCACCGAAGGCCCUGGAAUUCCACGGCCACUCCCGGUUAGAUGCGGAAUCUGUGUCGGACGUUUUCGGUGCUGCCCUCGGUUAUUCCGUGUCCCACCCCACCGAAUGGGAUGGACUGACCGUGAAGGAUCCAUUCAAUAUGGCCAAUGGCGCCGUUGUGGUCGUUGCUGAGGGUCUGGAUGCCCUUCCGUUGGAUGGUGCUCAAACGUACGAAUUGUAUGGCGGAUCAGGAUCGGACUCGAUUGGAGAACUUGUUCAAAAGUCAGCUGACCACAAUGGCGUUAGCUUCGAGAUCGACCUGAAGGAAUCGUCCGACAGCUUCUCCACUCCGAUGGGCACUGUUCAACCAGAUGACGAUGAUGUUGAGCCUAAAUACCUGAAGCCAAAGUCGAACAAGGCCGAUUCGGAUUUCAUGCGCCAGAUUGCUUUUAUCAAUGGAUUGAGCGACUUGCUAGUGACCUCGACCGAUGAGAAUGUGCCAACCGUACACGUUGUCCGCAUGUCGUUUGAAGCUAUCCUGGCUGCACAUGAACCGUCCUCUCAGGCCGUGAUGGAAGCCAAGAAGCUCCUGGCAAAUGCUAUGCAGGAACUGCAAACUGCAGCGGAUAAGGCCUUCGAUGGAGCCGUUGUUGUUGGAUUGAUCACUUCUACCGAAGCUCCGUUGAUCCGCUCCAAACGACAGGCUGGUGAAACCGAAAAUGAUAAUCCGUUGAACCUUGCCCUGAAGUAUGAUAGCAACUACCCAGUGAUCUUCAACAUCAUCCUGUGGUUCAGCGUCAUUCUGGUUUUCUCACUGCUGGCCAUCUCGAUCGCCAUUGCCACCAUGGAUCCAGGCAGGGACUCCAUCAUCUACAGAAUGACUUCCACCAGGAUGAAGAAGGACAACUAAGCGUCCAUCAAUCAACACAUUUUACUUCAUCCCCCACAUCGGAUAGCCAAGCGAUGAGAUCUGUGUCAUUAGCGUGUCACUUGCGCCCUAAAAAGUAUUAGCUCAACAGUAAAUUAUCGAUCAAGCAGUGCAAAUAGCUUCUCUUCUUUUGUACCGUUGUAGUAAAUUAACCUCGGGAAGUAUUUGGAACUACGUAUGAAUAGAGCGAACAAAACUGUGGUUAUCAAUUCAUAUCUGUUACUGUGACUUGGCACGUAGCAGUUUAAGUAAGUACAAUUUGUAGGGAAGUGCAGUAAAUUGAUUAAAAUGUGUUACACUUCGCACACCAAAUCGUAUGUUUUCGUUGUUGUAAUUUUGAUUUUAAUUCCAAAAGUCUACCGUUAAAUAAAGGGAAACAUUCCAUCCCAGAAAACCAAACCAAUAAAAA